AUGUGUAAGUGGAAACCAUUCCGAGAAGAGUUUACUAUAUCUAGACUGAAGCUUGAGUAUAGUUAUGAUGAGGAUUUCAGUGUAACGCGAUGGCAGGCGACGCGACGCGUCGACGAACACUACCUCAUCUACAGAUGUUUGCACUUCAUGUGUUUUCUGCUCACGGUUUACGUGAAGUUACGUUUGACACCAUCCGAAAAACUGGUCAUAUCUCUGGUGUACUUUACCUACUGGUCGUUUGGGAUCAAUUUCGCGCACAGCAUGUUGGGCUUGUUCGCCGUCUGCCGAGCUUACAUCAAGCAGCAGGAUGGCAAACCGGAAGACCAUAACUCUAGAUUCCUGCAUAAAUGCUACCUGAUUUGCUUUAACAUAUCGAUUUGCUUCGCAAUUUGUGUGGUUUUCGUGUUUUGGUUCGGUGUGAGAUAUAUGAAGGAGGAUGACACCAUAGACACAAGCAAGUACUUUCAUACGUGGACCGCUAUAAUCGUCGUGAUGGACUUCUUCGUCACUUCUGUCCCGAUCUACUUGCUACUAGUCGUUCCAGCACAGGCUAUUGGCCUGAUAUACGCCAUAUUUAACUUUGCGUAUUGUAAGAGCGGUGGCCAGGAUUAUUACGGGAACAAUUACAUUUAUCCAAAGUUCAAAUGGAACGAAGACACGCUGGAGCCAAUCCUAUACACGGUUCUUACGUUGAGCCAAGUUCUUCUAGUACACUUGUCCUUGUUCGGAAUGCAUUUGGUCAAAGUUCAUUUCUUUCACAUAUGUUAUAAAGAUAAUAAAGAAAGACGCAGUUUUGAUUAA